UGGCUAAUUGAGCAGCGCUGAGCGCCGCUCGGUGCUGUCGCUGCCAGCAGCGCCUCACCGGCGCCUAGGAACGGCGGAAACGGAAGCGGCGGCAGCGCCGGGCCGGGCGAGGCGGGGGCAGCAUGGCGUCGGGCGGGGAGGAAGGCUGCGAGCACUACCGGCGGGGCUGCCUGCUGCGGGCGCCGUGCUGCGGGAAGCUGUACGCCUGCCGCCUGUGCCACGACGGCGCCGAGGGGCACCGGCUGGACCGGUUCCGUGUGGCCGAGGUGCAGUGCAGUCGCUGCCGCCUGCUGCAGAAGGCCCAGCAGCGCUGCGAGGGCUGCCAGAACCUCUUCGGAGAGUACUACUGCGAGAUCUGCCACCUCUUCGACCGCGACAAGAAGCAGUACCACUGUGCCGAAUGCGGCAUCUGCAGGAUUGGGCCCAAAGAGGACUUUUUCCACUGUUCCACAUGCAAUUUGUGCCUCAGCUUGAGUCUCCGAGGAAAGCACAAGUGCAUUGAAAACGUCUCCAGGCAAGACUGUCCAAUAUGUUUGGAGGAUAUUCACACAUCUCGUGUUGGAGCUCAUGUCCUGCCCUGUGGUCACCUUCUUCACAGAACGUGUUACGAGGACAUGCUAAAGGAGGGUUACAGGUGUCCUUUGUGCAUGCACUCGGCUUUAGAUAUGACAAGGUACUGGCGCCAGCUGGAUGAUGAAGUAGCACAGACUCCGAUGCCCACGGAGUAUCAGAACAUGAUGGUGGAGAUCCUUUGCAAUGACUGCAAUGCUCGUUCUACAGUGCAGUUCCAUCUCCUAGGCAUGAAGUGCAAAAACUGUGAGUCCUACAACACUGCCCAGGAUGGCAAGUGCCGGCUGUCUUUGGAGGAGCAGUGACCCAGACACCUGCUGAAUUCAGCUGGACAAGGAAAACUCUGCCUUGGAAGAGACUUAACCUAUUUAAACCCAACACUGUCAGUACAGAUGCACUCAAAGUGAAAUGGUUACCAGUUUAAAUACUGAGGCAAAGAAGUUUUGCUGAUUGUGCACCCCUCUGCCCCCUGGACUGGGGCACAGCAUCAUCAGGCCCUUCAGCAUGUUCCCCAUGGAGCAGUGGUGCUGGAUGAAUGUUAGUUUCUGGAGAGAGUGACACUCCUUACAAAAAGAGGCCAUUUUCCAUGUUGGAGAAGAGACAGCCCAGAAAAAUAGCUAAUGAGAUGCACAAUGAGAAGCGAGACACAGCUGACACAGCAGAAGAUGGUUUGGGGCAGCUGAAGGUUGUGAGCACAACAGGAGGUGGAGGUGCAGCUAUGCUGCUUGCAGCUGCUGGGGAAAAUUGGUAGCUUGGAGAGUGGCCUUUUUACAUAAAGCUGAGAUGGCAGAGUUUGAGGCAAGUACAUUUUGUUCCCUUUGCAUUCAGGGUCUCAGAGUGUCUGGAGGGGAUGAGCUUGCAGAAAUCGCAUCCCUUGGCUUGACGUGUUGGCACAUGCCUACAGAACUCCCAGCACAGGGAGGCCAGCCUGCCUCUGUAUCUGCAUGAACAGCCCCAGCAUCCAGCUUCAAAGCCACCCUUCUCCCCCAGACACCCAUCCAAGCCGUUGUCUCUUCACUCAGGUUCCUUUGCCAGCUGCUGUCACCUUUACAGGCAUUUUGUCCUCAUUUUGCUUGAUUUCAGGGCCGAGGUGUUGUAGGCUUGUAGACAUUUACAGCUUGAUGUUCUGGUGGUGACAUGCACUGAGGGAAGCACAAACUUGUCAGGAUUGACAGGCUGAGCCUGAGAUGUUUGCUAAAGUAACGCUGGAAUGUGGGGACCAAUUUUCUGUAGCUUUGGUGGUUUUAUGUUGCCUGACUUCAUUGGAAAGGAGAGAAUUGUGAGUGGAGCUGUGCUUUUAAGAACCAACAAACCCUUAUGGAAUGUCCUGGCUAAGGAAUUUUGCAGUCUUAAGUAAUGCAGAAGGUUCUUUGUUUCUGAGAGUUUCAGAACAUGAUAUAAAAUACCUAUUUCCAAAAACCCACUUACUCUUUCUACCAGAAAAUAGCUUUUUUUGUUCUUAAUCUGGUAAUGCCCCUUUCAUGUAUGAGAUACCAGGACUCAAUGAUCUUGUGAUUGUAGCUUGCCUUUACUUGAGUAUCUCUUUCUGAAGCACUUUUUCUGCUCUAAAUAAAUGUCAAGUAAUGUCUGUAUUAAUCUGA